ACCCGGUCACAAGUCACUGCAGUGAGGCACAUCAAUAAACAGAGAAGAUCUGCUGCCAGGUUCAUGUUGAAAAAUUGCUUCCACAGUUUCUGCUAAAAGAAGAAGUGGAGAAGGAAGCCUGAAAUGUGGCUCCAACACCCAGAGGGCAUUGUUGUUCAGGAGUGUGUGCUUAAAGAUAGAGCUUCAGAAAGAAGAAAGAGAGUCUCUGUCCUGCCCUUCGGCUCCAGUGUCUGAGGUUUUGGCUCUCCAAAGAGAACUGUGCCAGAAAACCUGCGUCAGGCCAGACUUGGGUGAAAAGCAUUCCAGCAACUAGGAACUGAAGAAGGCGAACGCAAGGCUGUUCCUACAGGCAUCCCCUGUGCAAAUCAAGCCCAGGGCCCACACAGCUUCCUAAUGAAUCUCACCCUGCAACAGUCAUAGUAAAGGUGCGGUAUCUGUGAGGAGUGAGAGACAAUCCUGAACUGAAGCAGCCAGAACAAAGCGAGUCUGUCCAGAGGGAAAACAGACAUGAAGAAAUGACGUGAUUCACCUUCGGUCACACAGCAGGCUGGUAACAUCUCAAGGACAAGAAUCCAGGUUUCUUGACACCCAGCCCAGUGUGUUAGCUAUUUGAUCACCCUGUACCUGCACCUUUCAGACAAAUGAAAGACACAGUCAUCUCCAGCAGGAUCUUAUGGAUCAGUACACAAUGAAUCAAUCACUUUUCAGAGGUGCCGAUCUUCUGGACUGACGGUAGAAAUAACUGAGGGUGUUCAUCUCUCCCACUGUUUGCAGCAGGCAGGAGGUCAGUCUCACACUGCAGUCCAGGGAGGCGUGACAGAGGAGAACUGGAGGACCCACCAGCUUCCCCACAGCAUGCUCCUUUGCUCUCUCUUUUCCUCUGCAAGGUGCUAGAGGUGGAAGUGAGCCAUGCCCUACCUGUACCAGCACUCAAAGGCAAGGCUGCCUGCGCUGCCCAGGACCGCGCGUGCCAUCCACAGCUCAGGGAAGACCUACAAGGAGCUGAAGGAGGAGUGCCUGCAGAGGGGAGUCCUAUUUGAGGACCCCGACUUCCCUGCCUGCAACUCUUCUCUCUUCUUCAGUGAAAAGCCACCUAUUCCCUUCAUCUGGAAAAGGCCCACUGACAUCGUCAAAGAUCCCAAGUUUGUCCUUGGAGGAGCCACAAGAACUGAUAUUUGCCAAGGGGACCUUGGUGACUGCUGGCUAUUAGCAGCUAUAGCUUGUCUCACACUGAAUGAAAAAACCCUAGCAAGAGUGGUGCCACUGGAUCAAAAUUUUGGGCCAGAUUAUGCUGGUAUAUUUCAUUUCCAGUUUUGGCAGCACAAUGAGUGGCUGGAUGUCGUUAUUGAUGACCGAUUACCCACUUUCAAAGGCCGGUUGGUUUUCCUUCACUCAGCUGAGCACAAUGAAUUUUGGAGUGCCUUACUGGAGAAAGCCUAUGCCAAGCUGAAUGGCAGCUAUGAGGCUCUGAAAGGAGGCAGUACAAUAGAAGCCAUGGAAGAUUUCACUGGGGGUGUAGGAGAAAUAUAUGAGGUUAAAAAGGCUCCUGAAAAUUUCUAUGAAAUCCUGGAGCAAGCUCUGAAAAGAUGCUCAAUGGUGGGCUGCUCUAUCGAUAUCAGCAGUGCUGCUGAGUCAGAAGCCAAAACCCCCUUUGGCCUUAUAAAGGGCCAUGCUUACUCCUUGACCGGCAUCAAUGAGGUGAGCUAUCGGGGCCGACAAGUGCAGCUGAUAAGGAUAAGGAACCCCUGGGGACAAGUCGAGUGGAACGGCCCUUGGAGUGACAACUCUCCAGAGUGGCGUUCGGUUAGCCUGUCGGAGCAGAGACGCCUAUCUCAGGCAGCACUAGAUGAUGGAGAAUUCUGGAUGAAAUUUGAAGACUUCAAAGUGCAUUUUGAUAAAGUUGAGAUCUGCAACCUGACUCCAGAUGCCCUGGAAGACAGCACUGCCCACAAAUGGGAGGUGACCAUUCACCAGGGAAGCUGGGUCCGGGGCUCCUCUGCAGGAGGCUGUAGAAAUUUUCUAGAGACUUUCUGGACAAAUCCACAAAUCAAGCUACAUUUGACAGAGAAAGAUGAUGGACAAGAUGACUGCACAUUCAUAGCAGCACUGAUGCAAAAAGAUCGCCGUAAACUCAAAAAGCUUGGUGCUGAAAUGUUAACUAUUGGCUACUCUAUUUAUGAGAGCCCUGGCAGAGUUGAACACUUGGGCAAAGACUUCUUCAGGUACCACCCUUCCAAGGCGAGGAGCAAAACCUACAUAAAUCUAAGAGAAGUAUCUAACCGAUUCAAGCUGCCACCGGGCGAUUAUGUUCUUAUUCCAACCACAUUUGAGCCGCACCAAGAGGCAGAUUUCUGCCUGAGGAUUUUCUCUGAGAAGAAGGCCAUCACUGAGGAUCUAGAUGAAAACGUUGCCAUUGAUCUCCCCGAGCCUCCAAGCCCAAGUCCACAAGAAACUGAUGAAGAAAAGCAGUUCCGGGCACUAUUUGAGCAGAUUUCAGGAAAGGACAUGGAGGUAUCUGCAGAAGAACUCGAAUAUGUUCUGAAUGCUGUAUUAAAAAGAACAAAGAACAUCAAAUUCAAGAAUUUAAGUCUCAUUUCAUGCCGAAAUAUAAUUUCUCUUAUGGACACCAGUGGCAAUGGGAAACUGGACUUUAGUGAGUUCAAAGUUUUCUGGGAAAAAAUGAAGAAAUGGAUAAAUAUCUUUCUUCAGUUUGACUUUGAUAAAUCUGGUUCCAUGUCCUCCUAUGAGCUUCGCAGUGCCCUUAAAGCUGCAGGAUACCAACUCAGCAAUUACCUGCUGCAACUGAUUGUCCUCCGGUACUCUGAUGAACAGUUCCAGAUUGAAUUUGAUGAUUUUCUGAACUGCUUAAUUCGCUUAGAGAAUGCAAGCCGAGUAUUCCAGGCACUGAGCAUGAAAAACAAGGAGUUCAUCAACUUGAAUAUAGGCGAGUUUAUCAAUCUGGCAAUGAACAUCUGAAGAAGUCUGACUUGGAUGCCAGGAGUUUCUUGCGACGUUGCUGCAGAGACUUCUCCAAGAGCCGAAGUCCCCUUCACAUGCAAACUUCAGCAAGAGAUUUUUGUGGGGGAACAUGCAUGAUACCCACCUUUCCUGGUCUCUAGCUCUGUUGAUGAGUUCAAUAGUCAGAUCACAUAUUUUUAAUUAUUUUUAGUAAAGCCUGAUACUGGAUUUGCUACUAUGAGAGGCAUUUGGAUGGGGGAACACAUACCUCUCAAGGUCAGUACUGAUACUGACACCCCUGAGUGACCAUAGAUUUUAUUAAAUAGGAUUGUAUUCUGUUUCAGCACAGCACAGAUGACAGUGAUUAAAAGUUUUAAUACUGCUUGGCUACAGAUUACUGUAUGACGCUUAUGAAAAUAUAAGGUUGCGAAAAACUUUGUUCAGUUUGGAAUUAAUUUCCAGAUAUUACAUAGGGCUACAUAACAAGUCCCCUCUUACAGCUACAUGGAUUGCAGUCUGGUGGACGGCAAACAAAGGAAGGCUAGGGAAUGUAUGGAUGAAAAUUCAUCCUUCCAUAUUUAUGACAGAGGUCCCUUGUUCUAGACGUCCUUAGGAGGAUUCUUAAGCAAAGGUCUGACAUUAUCACAGAUUUAAUUUAGGGAAAACUUAAUGCAUCUCACCUUCCCUUACUCCUUCCACAGCUACCAACAAAAUUUCUCUGCUGCA